AUGGAUGAGCCAGUUGGGGAAGCGAGGGGCAGCCUAGUAUGCCGAGCUAUCCGUCCACGAUUUAAAGGUCAACGGUCACCAUGGUUGUCUAACACAGCAUACUUGCAAAGUGUGGUACUCGGUCAAGCUGCAGAGGCUUCAUGGAAGAUGUUGUACCUGGUACUCGCUUUCUCCGUUCCGGUCUACCUUAUAGCCCUCACAUGCUACAAUCUCUUUUUCCAUCCUCUCCGCAGCUUCCCCGGACCACCACUUGCAAAAGUCUCCAAACUAUGGAGCAGGAUUGGGAAUCGGACUGGCCGAAAGUCUGACCGAAUUCACGAAGCUCAUCUCAAGUAUGGACCGGUAGUGCGAAUUGGGCCGAACGAGUUGUCGUUCGCUGAACCUGCCGCUGCACGAGCUAUUUACACAUCGUCUGCAUUGGUCAAAGAGGAAACUUUCUACCGGGCCAAGACUGUGUUUCAUGAGAACCAUCUUUUCUCCACUCGGGAUGUGCAGGCGCAUCGGCAGCGACGGAAGCUUUUCGCGCGGGGAUAUUCGCAGGCAGCCAUGCUAGAGUUCGAGCCCCAUAUCUCCAACAAAAUCGAUAUGGUUCUCAAACAAUGGAAGGCACGGUUAGCUGAUGGUGCUAUUGAUGUUUACCCCUGGCUCCAUUGGCUUGCCUUUGAUGUGGUGUACCACCUGAUGUUCGAUGAGGAUCCAGGCCAAGUUACCUCGGGAAGAAGCCAUGAGGUAAUGGCCUAUCUUCAGGCUUGGAAGCCGACCUAUAUCUACAAAGAGUUCCUCCCGCAAUUAGACCGAUGGGGAGUAUAUGUUCCAGGGUAUGUGGGAGACUACUUUAGAAAGGUCCAAGCCUGGAAGAACUAUUCGGUCAAUUUGAUUAAAAGGAGUCGUGAAAGGGGCACUAAGACUCCGUUUCUACGAGCGGCACUGAAUGGUGACGAGGAUGCCUAUCUCGGAAGACCCUUGACCAACUCGGAGUUGGCAGAGGAAUGCAUGGGCGGGAUGUUCGCAGGAAGCGGCACCACCGCUAAUACGUUCACAUUUCUUCUCUGGGCAUGUCUGCGUAAGCCAGAUGUUGUGGCCCGGCUCAAGGCGGAAUUGAAAGAAGCGUUCCCAGAUCCUUCCAUUGUGCCAGACCAUCGGACGUGCUCCGCCCUUCCCUAUCUUCAAGCGGUUAUUUCAGAGACAUUCCGUCGCUAUCCCGCUGCUAUUGCCAUCCUACCUCGCACCGCAGUUAAGGACACAAUUAUUGCAGGUGUGCCAAUUUCCAAAGGGGUCAGUUACACCUAUUAUCAAAUUUCACAUCACAAUGCUUACAGAAAGCAGACAGUUGUGGGCGCACAAAAUCGGACAAUUCAUUUCGACGAGAAGGCUUUCCCUGACGCUCAAGAAUUUCGACCCGAGCGCUGGCUAGAGAUGGAGAAUGAGGCGUUGCAGAAGGAGGCUUUGGCGCCAUUUUCCAUGGGCCCCAGAAAAUGCAUAGGUCUCAACUUGGCUCAAAUGGAGCUCAAUAAAUUAGUUGCAGCUUUCUUCCUUCGAUUCGAUGGGGCGGUCGAUAGUAGCAUGACCGAGGAGGAUAUGCGUCUCUAUGAUACCUUCACUGCUUCACCCGCUGGAGGAAGGCUAUUGGUUCGCUUGCAUGGUUCGGUCUAG